AUGGCGGGGGCUUUUGCUGCAUCUGUGGCUUGCAAUUUACUCUCCAAAGUGGCAGAGUGCCUGGUGGCUCCAGUCGGCCGUCAAUGCGGCUACGUGAUAUUCUACUACAGCUACUUUCGCGAACUUCAGGAUGAACUUGAGAGGCUGGAUUACUUGAGGCAAAGGGUGCAGCGUUCCAUUGAUGAAGCUCGAAACAACAUGAAGCCGAUCAGAGCUAUUGUCGAGAGAUGGGCAACGAACGUGGAGACCGUUGCCAGCAAGGCGCGCGAGAUGCUGGAAGACGAAGGAAGAAACAAGAAAACUUGCGUCUACGGGUGGCUUCCCAACCCAAAGGCGCGAUAUCGUCUCAGCAGAGAGGCGAGCAGGACGGUCAAGGACAUCCAGGCACUCAUUGCACGGGGUCAAUUCGAGAAGGUUGACCUCGACGAUCCGCCGGGGCUUGUUGGCGGUGCUCCGCCGGGGCUUGUUGGCGGUCCUCCCGAUGUGUAUUCGUUUGCCGGUGAUGGGGGCGACACUAUCACCGAUUCACGAGCUUCCAUCUUUCAAGACAUAAUGAAAGCUCUGAAUGAUGAGAAGCUAAAAGUGAUUGGGGUCUACGGGCCUGGUGGCGUGGGGAAGACUACGCUGUUAAUGGAAGUAGAGAAAAAACUCAGGGAAGAGGGGAGACCGUUCGGCAAGAUCGUCAACGCAGAAGUAUUGCAGACUCCAGACUUAAAUAAUAUCCAAGACCAGAUUGCUGACUACUUGAGUCUGAAUCUGACGGACAUGCAAAGCCAUCAGGGAAGAAGAGAUCUUCUGUUUCAGAGAUUACAGAGGGAUCCGAGUGAGAAGGUUCUCAUAAUAUUAGACGAUCUGUGGGAUGGACUUGAUCUGAGAGCGGUCGGAAUUCCUUCAGGAGACGAGAGAACGGGAUGCCAGGUGUUGCUCACGUCGAGAUUUAAAGAUGUGCUGGAGCAAAAGAUGUUGGCCGAUCGGAUAUUUCGUCUUGAAGGUUUAACGGCUGAUGAAGCUUUUGGGCUUUUUGAAAAGAUUGUCGGCGACAGGCUCAGAGACCAGGAAUUGAAAGAAAUAGCAGCUAAAGUGGUCCCGAAGCUCGCAGGAUUGCCUCUUUUGAUUACCUCUGUCGCAAGAACUUUGAAAUAUAGCGAUGUAUCCACGUGGAGAAACGCUUUGAUAAAAAUAGAUGAUCCAAAUAUGGAAACCAUAGUAAGGUUGAGUUACGAUCAUUUGGAGAGUGAGGAGACCAAGUCCUUAUUCUUGCUCUGCAGUCUUAUCGGCGGGACCAUUCAAGUCAAAACUCUGCUGGAACUAGGCCUGGGUUUGGGCUUAUUUGAGGCAUUCGAUAAUACGAUAGAAAGUUCAAGGAAUAGAUUGAAUACUAUGCUCGAUAGCCUUCGUUCUACCUCUUUGUUGCAGGAUGAUGGCGAUGACGAGGAAAAUGUGACCGUGAAUGAUCUUUAUAGCGAGGUGGUUGUCUCAACAUCAUUAAGAGGUCAGAAUUCCUUAAUGACGAACAACAAUUAUGGUUCAUGGCCAAAGGAAAAGCUUGAUAAAUGUUGGGCAAUAUAUCUGGCUAAUGUUGGUAGUGAUAUGCUUGCUAAACUGAUGUGGUGCGAGUUUCCCGAAUUGAAAAUACUCAUGUUGUCUCAAUCAAAGGACUGGCUCGGGAGCCCUGCACACCAGUAUGAUGUGAAAGAUUUUUGUAGACUAGAUUUCACAUACAUGAAGGAACUCCAAGUCCUAUAUCUUCGGAACAUGCAUAUCACCACUUUACCUUCCUCAAUCGAAAUCCUUAGGAAACUCCAAUCAUUACAUUUAGAGUCUUGUGAUAUGGAGGAUGUGGCAAUUCUUGGCAAGCUCAAAGCAUUGAAGAUUCUCAGCUUUGCGGGGUCUGCAAUUUGUAGGUUGCCUAAAGAUAUUGGGGAAUUGACGCAUUUGAGAUCAUUGAAUCUAAGCAAUUGCAACAUGCUUCAAAUAAUUGAGCCCAGUGUCCUAAAAGGCUUAAUUAACUUGGAAGAGUUGCAUAUGAAGGGAAGCUUUGAUCAAUGGAUGGGCAAAUAUGAAAUAUCACCAGAAUUGUGUAAUGUGAGGCUUACUGAGUUGAAGAGCUUGAAAAAGAUAGCCUCUCUAGAAAUAUGGAUUCGUGAUCCCACCACACUCUUGGAGGAUGAUGACUUGCCAUUUGAGAACUUGUACAAAUUUUGGAUCAGCAUAGGAAAUGUUGAAGGGAGGGAAUUUGAAGGUUUAAGAACCAUGAAGCUCAAAUUGGAAGAGUGCGGUGAUAUUCUUUUAAGAGAAUGGGUUCAAAAAACUCUACAUAAGACUCAAUACUUGUAUUUGGACGGGUUGAGAGAGUCCAAGAACAAUGCUGAUGAGUUGUGCACCCAAGGAUCGGGACAACUGAAGCAUCUUGACAUUACCCUUCUCGAUCAAAAGAGGGAGCUCGAAGUCCUAUGUCUUCGCUCCAUGCAUAUCACCACUUUAUCCUUCUUGAUUGAAACCACAAAACUUCAAAAGUUAUACUUAGACAAUUGCAUUGUGGAGGAUGUGGCAAGUCUUGGCAAGCUCAAAGCAUUGCAGACUCUCAGCUUUGUAGGGUCUGCAAUUUAUAGGUUGCCUAAAGAAAUUGGGGAAUUGACAAAUCUAAGAUCAUUGAAUCUAAGCAACUGCAACAUGCUUCAAAUAAUCGAGCCUGGUGUCCUAAAAGGCUUAAUCAACUUGAAAGAGUUGCAUAUGAAGGGAAGCUUUGAUCGAUGGAUGGGCAAAGAUGAAAUAUCAUCGGAAUUGUGUAAUGCAAGGCUUAUUGAGUUGAAAAGUUUGACAAAGAUAGCCUCUCUAGAAAUAUCGAUCUAUGAUCCUACCAUACUCUUGGAGGAUGAUGACUUGCCAUUUGAGAACUUGAUCAGAUUUUGGAUCAACGUAGGAAAUGUUGAAGGGAGGACAUUUGAAGGUUUGAGAACUAUGAAGCUCAAAUUGGAAGGGUGCGAUAAUAUUCUUUCAAGAGAAUGGGUUCAGAAAACUCUACAUAAGACUCAACACUUGCAUUUGGAGGGGUUGAGAGAGUCUAAGAAGAAUGCUCACGAGUUGUGCAUCAAAGGAUUUGGACAACUGAAGCAUCUCGACAUUAUUAAUAGCCCCUCAAUCAAGUACAUUGCCAAUUCAUCCAAAGGCCUUCCUCUUGCUACUUUCCCGAUUUUAGAGUCUUUAUUCCUUGAAAAUCUUAUUAAUAUGGAGGAGAUAUGCCAAGGCCCUAUUGCACUAGAGUGCUUCAACAAAUUAAAAGCUAUGAGUGUCAAAAAGUGUGACCAAUUGAAAAAUCUGUGGUUUCUUUCGGAGGCACAAAAAUUUGUACAACUAGAAGAGAUUCAAGUAAGUGAAUGUGAGUCAAUGCCGGCCAUUAUCCCAGAUGAAGCAGCAGAAGUAGAAGUUCAUGCCAAUGAGAUAGUCGAGCUGCCUAAUACAAGUAGUCUAAAAUUGGGCAAGUUACCAAAUAUGACAAGCUUUUGCACCAAAGCUGAAGUCACAUCAGAGGGUGCUCCAAUUCAGGGGGUUUAA